CCAGAGAGAGACCAAUCCUGGAAGCGUGAAGGUUCAUAAUAGAACGUCGGGGCCUCAACGUUCGGAGCCAUGUGGCGGGGUCUGCGCUGCUUGAGGCCGCUGCUCCUGGGCUUGGCUUCUGGGGAGGCUCCCGGGGCAGCGAGGAGGCCCGCCCGGGCGAUCGCCAGCGCCCCCCGCUCCCUUUCCUUCUUGGGGUCGCGGGAGCUCAGCAGCCUGGGAAGGCCGGAGCAGGUGGAGGCAGAGGCUGGAGCUGAACAGGCGGGCUUCCAAGCAGAGGAGGAAGGGAAUGAGCAGGAGCAGUUGGCUCGCCCAGAUCCUGGUCCUUCACGGUUCGGCUUUGAAGAUAUAGUGUCAUUUCUGAGACAAGAAAAUGCCAAAGACAUUUGCGCUAUCCAGUUGCCUCCAGAAAUGAGAUACAGCAGUUAUUUUGUCAUUGUCAGUGGAUCAUCUCCAAGGCACCUCCACGCCAUGGCACAAUACCUGAUAAAAAUGUUCAAGCAUUUGAAGACAGACUGUGAGCCUCAUGUUGUGAUAGAGGGGAAAGACACCGAUGACUGGUUGUGCAUAGAUUUUGGCCAUACUGUGGUCCACUUCAUGUUGCCAGAGACACGUGAAAUCUACGAAUUGGAAAAGCUGUGGACACUCCGAUCUUAUGAUGAUCAGCUAGCACAAAUGAUUCCCGAAUCUAUACCAGAAAACUUCAUACUUGGGAUGAAUUCAGAACAGGAAGAAUUAGCUUCUACAUAGAACAAAGGACAGUGAUUGGACAUUUGAUGACAAAGAGAGCAUAACUGUUGGCGGCAACGUGGUCACAAACUCAAAUAGCAAUCUUAUGGAUUAGAUGUGUACAAAAUAAUUUUAUAAAGAAAGCUUGGAUAUAAUGCCAAAAAAAGUAUCAUGGAAAGAAAAGGCCACACAUGGACGUAAGUUGGUGAGAAACUAGUCAUUGUUCCCAUCACAGUGACUUCUUUUGGAUAUCCCCUUUUAACAACUCAGAUUUGGUUGAUGGAAUUCUGUCAAAGUAAGAAGAUCAAAAGAAAUACAACUAUUUUGGGAGGGUUACUGAGUUAAUGUAGUAGCAAGAUAUACUGUAACUGAUACCUUGAAACAUGUUUGUCUCUACAAGGAUCAGGAUUGUUGAAUUCCAAGCAAGUUGUGGAUGUUGGAAAUAAAUAUGUAGUGGCCUUGCAUUAUUUAAACAGUGGUGUCAAUGUAAUGGCAAUCCUAUGAAUUUCAUACGCAAGGAAUGAGCCGGUUUGCCAUUUCUGGCCUCUGUAGUACACCCUAAAAGAAAUUGGUAUUUCUUAGUCGUCUCCCUUCAAAGUACUAACUAGGAAUGAUCCUUCCUAGUUAGCUUCAAAAACCAGGUGGAUCUCGUGCCUUCCAAGUAUUUGUGUACAUGUGCUUUCGAGUACAUGCUCCCUUACAGUGACAUUAAGUGUUUUUCUUAGUCAAGGAACACCCAGGAAGUGGUUUUGCUGCUUCCUUCCCCUUGCUAUGUAGGCUAUCUUCAGUUCCUGGUAUUUGUUGGUCAUCUCCCAUCUUCAUUCCCGGCAUGGAGGAAUGUCAGUCUUCAUUUUGGUGCCCUGUGGGUAUCACCAAGUUAGAGGGGUGCAAGGUCUGUGCUAUUUCCUCUCCCCAGUGUGCCAUAUAAUCAGACUAUGCCGCUUCCCAAAUUAGAAGCGACAAUUGAUUACGCAGGAAGAAAGCCACUGGGUAAUCCAUAACGUAGGGAACGUUCCAGGCAACUUCAGGUAACAUGGGUCAAGGCUCUGUGAUGUCAGAUCAGAUCUAUGUAUUGCAUAAUGGGUAUGGGGCUGAUAUGGUACCUCUGAGCCAUAAUGUAAGAUUGACUUACUGAGAACAAUGGCACCUAGGUGUUGUUUACAUCUCAUUGAUUCAUACAGUAGUAGCAAUAAAAGCCAUUAUUACUCCAGUAAUCCCAUGCAAAGGUAGGGUUUGUCUCUAUGUGUAUUUAAUAUUAGACCUCAUCAGCCAUUUUUCAGAAAAACUCCAACCACUCAAUACCCUCUUCCUGAAAACAAGUAUAAGGGGGUUUGAGACUGUUCUGGAACUGCCCAAGGAGUUUUUAAUGAAGGGAAGUGUUAGAUGUAAUCAGCCCUAUAUAUAAAGGGAGGGCUUGAUCUAUAGCUUGAAAAUAUCCUAAAAAGCAAAACUUUUAUAUAAAUUGUCCAAAUCCAGGGAGUGGGGUGAGCUCCCGUUGUUAGCCCCAGCUUCUGGCAACCCAGCAGUUUGAAAUCAUUCAAAUGUGAGUAGAUCAAUAGGUACUGCUCUGGCAGGAAGGUAAUGGGGCUCCAUGCAGUCAUGCCGGCCACAUGACCUUGGAGGUGUCUAUGGACAACGCUGGCUCUUCGGUUUAGAAAUGGAGAUGAUCAACCCCCCUUCCCCCGAGUCGGACAUGACUAGACUUAAUGUCAGGGGGAAACCUUUACCUUUUAUUGUCCAAAAAAGAGGGGAAAGUCUUAUAAAACUUAUGUAUGGGACUAUUUUACUGCCUCAACCAAACCAACAUCCACCAUAUUCGAGUUAAGCCAAGAUUGAAAAGUUUAUUAUCAGAAAAAAACUUUCCACUGUCCAACCCAUGCCAAACAUCACAGAGCAGAUACAAUUUACCAAUACAGUGAUGUUGCAAAAUAAGACUUAAUUUGUCCUAUAGGCCAUUCAACUAUCACCGUGAUCAUAAUUUGAAAUUGAAUUCCGACGAAACAGAGGUACUCCUGGUCAUUCAGAAGUUGGAUCAGGUAUGGGAUUAAAGCCUGUGUUGGAUGGGGUCGAACUCCCCUGAAGACCCAGGUUCGCAGUCUGGGGGUGCUCCUGGAUUCAAUGUUUAACCACCCCAGGUGUUGGCAGUGGCUAGGAGUGCCUUCACACAAAAACAUGUACGCCAGCUGUGCCCAUACCCUGAGACACCAGAUCUGGCCAUGGUAGUCCACGCCUUAGUCACAUCCCACUUGGACUACUACAACGCUCUCAACGUGGGGCUGCCUUUGAAGAUAGUUCAGAAGCUUCAACUAGUCCAGAGAUCAGCAGCCAGGUUACUAACUAGAACGCCGUUCAAGGAGCGGACAACUCCCAUGUUACGGCAGCUCCACUGGCUGCUGGUCCAAUUCCGGGCUAAAUACUAAGUGCUGGUUCUUGCCUAUGAAGCCCUAACUGGUUUGGGCUCAGCGUAUCUAUUAAACGGCAUCUCCUUGUACAAACUUGCCUGGGCUUUUCAAUCAGCUGAGGAGACCCUACUCUCGGUCCCACCCCCAUCUCAAGCACAGCUGAUGUGAACGAGAGAGAGGGCCUUCUCAGUAGUCACACCCCAACUUUGGGAAUGGCUUCCUCAAUGCGAUCAAAAUGGCCCCCUCCAUACUCACUUUUAAAAAGCAACUAAAAACAUUCUUAUGCUCUGAAGUAUAUAACAAGGAGGAAAAGAGCUUGCAACACUGAUAAAUGGAACAGAAAGGAAAUGGAUCUGGCCCUCUAGCUUAGCUGGCUUUUAAUGGUGUAAAUGAUUAUUGAAUGAUAAGUACUUAAAUUACUUAUUUUUUCAUUGUGUAAUGUAUCACAUUGUUUGUUGUUUAUAUUCUGUUUUAUACAGGCAUUGAUUGUUUGCUUUUAUUAUGUUGGAAGCCACCCUAGUGGGCGACAAAGUAUUAUUAUAAUCUGGAAGGGGAAAAAAAGUCCACAUAGAUCUGACAAUAGUAGGAGUUAAACUCUUUAUUUCAUUCAGAGGCAUCUGGCAAGUGAAGCUGCAUUGGGGGCACAUUACAGAGGAGAAAUGACCAACACUUUUGUGAAAACUGAAAUCAUUUACAGAAUCACGUCCGAGCUAUUUCCAAGUACUCCAAAUUACCAAGUCUCAACUGAAUGUAAAAGACAUGAUUUUUUUUACCACACUAAAGUCUACAAAUUUAAGAAAAAAAUGACAAUAUUUAAAUCAGCAAAUGUAAAUUCAGCACUAAAUUUUGUAAAAUAAAACUGUUAUGGAAAACAAUCAACUUAAUCUUUUCCCCCCAAUAUUAACAAAAAGAUAUUGGACUCCUGACAAAAAUGACUGUCUCAUACUUAGUAAUUGUAAGGAAAAAAAAUCUAAUCGUCCAAAAGAGGGGAAAAGGCUUCCAUUUUUUUCCUUCUGCUAAACUAAAACAUAAAUUUGUGGUUUUAAAACCAAUUAGUAAAGAAAAGAUGGAGUAAAUUAAAAAACAAAACAAAACACCAGACCAUUUUUUUUCAAAAUUUAUCUAACCUGUACAAACAAUGAUCUUUGGGAAAAUGAUCUAUUCUAUGUAGAAAUGCCUCUAUUUUCAUAUCAAUCUAAGAGGUAGAUCAACAAAAUGGUGAAACAAGCGUUUUUUUGUUUUUGCUAGUUGUGCCCCUCAACAUCAGUGCAGCGUAGCAGUUCCAAUCUUCUCAUGCACAGAAACAUCACAAACAAAAGGGUCCGAGGUAAUAAUAGCAUGGCUUUGUGCACACGGGCGGGCGCGCACACGCACAGCAGUCUUUAUGCACCAUGUGUUGCCACAUCUGUUAAAACUGAGGUAGACUGAAGUUUAUUGUAGAAACUUGAAUGCACAUUACCACAAUCAUGAUUCAAAUUACAUUCUGAAAUCAAAAUAAUAAUAAUAAAUUUGGUAAUUUUCCUGUGAUCCCUGCCUUUGUUUUUUUGAUAAGUUUCCUUACUCCUUUUCCUUUUGUGGUGGGCUGCAGAAUGUGCAUAAAUCCUGCUGUAUGUUAUUUUGUAAGCCAAGCCUGAGGUUGUAUUAAUUCAUUUUUCGUCGUUUUAAAAAAAACAAAACACCUUUGAAGUGGCUUAGUAUGGCCCUUAAUCGCGGCUGGAUAUGUAAACUUAGCCUUUCAUUACCUUUAAAUGGGAUCAAACCGUGUCUGAUCUCUCCUCCCCUGCCCAAUAUUCACG